AGCAAUCAAUCCUGAUGUAGAAUUUGAAACUUACAAUAUGAAUAUCACCACUGUGGACAACUAUCCGGUCUUCGUCGAUCGUAUAAGGUAUUCGCCUUUCUGUUCAUUAGUGGGCUUGUCAUUCCCUGAAUUCUGUGUGGAUAAUUUCGAAGCGAGAAUGACGAUUAACACGGCUUGUAAUGAGGAAAAUCAGAUAUGGAUGGAAUCGGGUGUUAGUGAGAAUGCCGUAUCCGGCCAUGUACAAUUUAUCCAUCCCGGACGCACCGCUUGCUUUGCAUGUGUACCUCCGUUGGUUGUUGCCUCAAAUAUCAGCGAACGAACUCUGAAACGCGAGGGAGUGUGCGCCGCAUCGCUGCCAACAACGAUGGCCGUUAUUGCGGGCUUCUUAGUACAGAAUGCUUUAAAGUUUCUGCUGAAUUUUGGUGAAGUCUCUUACUGCCUCGGCUACAAUGCUUUGGAUGAUUUCUUCCCUCGGCAUCAGUUGCUGCCGAAUCCCAGCUGUGAAGAUCGUUUCUGUCAGCAAAGGCAACAAGAAUAUAAGGUUCGACUAAAUUUUCGAUGAAA